UUAAACCCCUUAAAAAAUCUCACUCCAUUCUCUCUCUCUCUCUCUUUCUCUCCCUCGCGCGCACACACGCUUAUUCCCUUCAUGUUGUAUCUUCUUUAGCACGAAAGAUAAAACCCUAAUCCUGAGAGGCUGAGACUACAGCGAGAUACAGAGAGAGAGAGGGGGUUGAGAAUCCGAUGAGAGCGGCACGACGAUGAUGAUGGAGAAGAGAGAGGAAGAGAUGGAGGUCGCGGCGGCGGCCGGAGUCUCCCCGUUCUUCGCCGACCAGAUCGGUGGGAUUUUCGACAUGGCCUUCGACGUCAGAGGGGCAGACAAGAGCUCCCAGGGCUUCCUCGAGCUGCUCGGCUUCCACGACCUUCCCGGGCCCUUAUUCGACAUCCCAGUCCCGGCGCCGCUGGUGGACGCGGCACCCUCCGUCCCACCGCCGGAGUCCUCCGAGGUGCUCAACUUCCCGGCGACCCCGAACUCGUCCUCGAUCUCCUCCUCCUCCACCGAGGCCGCCACUGACACUGCCGAUCCGGCCAAGCCCCACCCCGAGGAGGAGGAGCUUGGCAAAGCCAAGAAAACUAGUGGCUCGAAGGAAGGGAUCAAGAAGAAGGGGCAAAAGCGUCAGAGGGAGCCGCGGUUCGCCUUCAAGACGAAGAGCGAAGUGGAUCACCUUGAAGACGGUUACAGGUGGCGCAAGUACGGACAGAAGGCCGUGAAGAACAGCCCCUUCCCCAGGAGCUACUACCGGUGCACCAACGCCGCGUGCGGCGUGAAGAAGCGCGUCGAGCGGUCGUCGGAGGAUCCGGCGGUGGUGGUGACGACCUACGAGGGCCAGCACAACCAUCCCUGCCCCGUCGUGCCACGUGGAGGCCAUCCAGCACCCCAGCCUCCGCUUGCCGCCGAGCCUGCCCCACCGCCGCCGGGGCUCGGCUUCGUUUUCCCUUCGUUCCAGGCGAAGGAUCUCCACUUCCCCUACUUCACCAGCUACCUCCCUCCGCCGCUGGACUUCCAGCACGUGUCUACUGGUAUCGUCGCGUCGGCACCCGGCGAUCGGAGACCCUGCAAUCCGACGGCCGAUAUUCCGAUGAGGGAUCACGGGCUGCUUCAGGACCUGAUUCCAUCGGAUAUCAGGAAGAAGGAAGAGUAGAUAUUUGGUAUGUUACCUCUUCUUUGUCUUCCUUUAUAUUUGGCUUCUUUUUUUUUCUUUUUUGUUUUUUUUCCUCUCCAUUUUUGGGGGGGAUUAUUGCUGACUGAUGGAAGUUGGAGAGCCGUCCAUUUCGUGUACACAGAUUACCCACUGCUGAUGAUGUAUUGUUACUGCUACUACUGCGACUACUAUGUAUGAUGAUUACUUUUUUCUUUUUCUUCUCAAAGCGUUGUAUUUUGGGAUAAAAA